GUUGUCGCUGUUCGUUCCGCAUCAUCGGGGACAGCAUCGAGCUCAACUUUUUAUCAUCCCACUACCAUGUCGCUCGGUAUUUUGAGAGCUCCAGUUACCAGUGCUUGUAGGGCAGCAGCACUCAGACCCACCCUCGGGAUUUAUGCCUCUCGCUCUGUGCACACCUCAAAGUCCGCGCAAGCCCCUGAAACCAUACCUACUUCGACCACCUCUGCCUCUGAGCCGAUCACCACGUUAGCGAUGCGCGGCUCAAAUCAAUUCAGCCUUGAGCAGCCCCAGAACAAGGCUGAAUACGUCCUGUCGACACUGGACAAAGUCGUAAACUGGGCACGUCAGGGUUCAAUAUGGCCCAUGACUUUCGGUCUUGCAUGUUGCGCCGUCGAAAUGAUGCACAUGGCUGCUGCUCGCUAUGAUCAGGAUCGUCUCGGUGUCGUUUUCCGUGCCUCCCCUCGUCAAUCUGAUGUUAUGAUUGUCGCUGGUACUCUCACAAACAAAAUGGCCCCUGCUCUUCGUAAGGUAUACGACCAAAUGCCUGAGCCAAGAUGGGUAGUGUCCAUGGGAUCUUGCGCCAAUGGUGGUGGCUACUACCACUACUCAUACGCUGUUGUCCGCGGUUGUGAUCGCAUUGUGCCCGUGGAUAUCUACGUGCCCGGGUGCCCACCAACUGCUGAAGCGUUGCUGUAUGGUAUGUUGCAACUGCAGCGUAAAAUGAGGAAAAACAGGAAGAGCGUGCUCUGGUACCGCAAAUGAGGUGAUUUGCGACUUGGGGGCAGCGUACAUAGACUAGCAUUUCCAUUGGCAUGUUUCGUACAUGACUCAUGGCUGGCAUGCGUUGUCCACAACCCUGCGGAAGAGACUUUUUCCCGUGAUCUGCAGGCACCAUGGGUUUACCAAAUUUAUUUCGCCUUCAACGGAGUUCAUUUUAUGCAAGGAAGUCAGAGUAUCAACUCACAAUAAACAACAGAUCAAAGCAUUUUUUCCCCGACAUACAUACCUUUUUGGAGCGAGAAACACAUUCUCUUCGUGAUCCGUGAAGGCUUCCUGAAACUGGCUGCAGUUUAUGUCGGUCUUACUCGGAAACGGCGAUAUCCACCAAUGUGGUG